AAGCAGAUUCGCUCACGAGCAAUAAUCCAAAGGAACCUACCCAACCAGCCUUUCUACAACAAUCAAACACCAUGAUCUGCUCUAAAUGUUGCGGCCCUUGCAAGUGUGGUCCUCAUACCCACGGCCACGGUCAUGGCCACGGUCAUGGUCACGGUAAUGGCAGCCAUGGCCAUGGCCACGGGCACGGACACGGGCACGGCAAUGACGGUCAUGGUCACGGUCACGGUCAUGGUCACGGUGGCCACGGGCACGGGCACGGACACGGACACGGACACGGACACGGCGGACAUAUCAACCCCAACCCUUGCCAACCACAGCCCCAGCCUUGCCGUCCUCCGCCGUGCCAACCUCAGCCUCCCCCUCGCUGCUGAACGGGCCCAACUUAGGGAAAUGCUUCAUCUGCAACCCUUGCUACAACGCCGCCGUCAAGCCUCUCGGAUAUCGCGGAGUCUGAGCAUCAUUCUCGCCUUACCCUCACCCCACCUCAUCACCACCCCAUGCAGACCAUGUAUUGUCUGGAACGUUUUGAUCGACUGACUAAAUGGCCUCUCUCGGAUUGUUUGUAAAAUACAUAAAACCCAUGUCGUUGUGUGCUUCCAUAGCUUCAGAUAAAUGCAGAGCUACAAUCUGUAAAUACUUGACUUUCCAACCACUCCUUGCUCGUGCAAACUAAAUGCGAUGAUCGCCCUUUGC